ACCGGGAGGGCGUGUCCUACACUCGGUACGAGGCGCCUUGUUGUGUGUAUUCCUGUGCUCGCAUCGCCAUCUUGUUGCGAUCAUCUUUUACGUAUGCAAGGAUUCGCCUUCGGUUUAUACGUUUUGAAACUUUGCCGUUUUUUAACGGAAAGGGGGGGAUUGUUUUACGCGCGUGGGCAAGCCGUGCACAAGGCCCUCCUGGGGCGCGCUGCUCGUCGUUGUUCCGCGGUCCCGGGAACCGGGUUACCGACCGAGGGGCGCGCGCGAUGAGCAUCGACACCCUCCUGGAAGCAGCCCGGUACCUGGAGUGGGAAGCCCAGCAACACGCUGCACCCGAGGAGGACCAGCUCGAGCAGAGGGAGCUCUUUGCCCGGGAGGCGGAGCUACGGCGCUCGGAGGUCACCGUGUCGGCCCAGACCGGCGGAGUCCACCCCCGCCCGGUCGCCUGGGGCAACGAGCCCCUGCACCUGCAGACGCACCAUGUCCCCGUGGUGGCCCCCCCUCCUCCUCCUCCCCCCUCCCUCCGGGCCCCCCUCGUCCCCCCUGUCCUGCUCCCCGUCCUCACGCCCGCCCCCUCGCCGCUGCGUCCCGCCGUCGCUGCGGCCGCCUCCAUCGCCGUGGCGACACCCAUGCUCAACGGCUCCUCCCCCUCUCAUCACCUCCAGCUGCAGCAGCUUCCGCUUCCUCCGCCGCUCGCCAGCGCUAGCCCCCGCCCCCUGCUCUCUUCUCCAACUAUAAAGUUGGAGCCCGCCCCCCAGCAGAACGGCGCUGUCCCGCCCCAGCUGCCCCAGCUCCAGUCGCCCUACCAGGCGGCCUUCAGCCCCCCCAGCGGGGCGGCGUCCCCCCUGAUGCCCCCCCACUCGCCUGAGUCCAGGACCAACGGCCUGCUGGACGACAUGCGGGGGGCCGACGGGAAGCGACGGCCGGGGGGGGCGGGAACACGCGAGGUGCACAACAAGUUGGAGAAGAACAGACGUGCUCACCUGAAGGAGUGCUUUGAGACGCUGAAGAAGAACGUUCCGAACGUGGACGAGAAGAAGACCUCCAACCUGAGCGUCCUCCGUGGUGCGCUGCGCUACAUCCAGACGCUGAAGCGCAAGGACAAGGAGUACGAGCACGAGGUGGAGCGGCUGACCCGGGAGAAGAUCGCCUCGCAGCAGCGGCUGGCCCAGCUGAAGAAGGAGCUCGGCCCAUCCAUGGACGCCACGGAGAUGGAGCGGGUCCUGAGGCAGACGGUCCAGCCCGAGGACGACCAGGUGUCCACCUCCACCGCAUCAGAAGGAGAAGAGGACUUGGACCAGGACUUUGAGGACGAGGACAUGCCUGCACCCCUGCCCAGCGAGCCCCCCCCCAUAGCCCCCCCGCCCAUCUUACAGGCCCACGCCCUUCUCACACUCCAGCCCGCACCCCUCCCUCUCUCUGGAGUGCUGACCACGCCCCAAAUGGGAGGAGUCCCCGUGCAGUCCCAGGCCCCGCCCCCUCAGGCCAUCGCGCCCCACCCCCCGCAGCCCUCGGCCGCUCAGGCCCAGCCGUCGGUCAUCGCCCACGCCGCCGUGUCCCACCCGUCCGUCAUCCAGGCCGUCCACCACAAACACCUGACCCCCAUCGCCCCCUCGCCCGGCCCCGCCGCCGCCGCGCCCCAGCCGGCGGCGGCGGCGGCGGCGCAGCGCGUCACGGUGACGCACCUGGGCCCCGCGCUCUACCCCCAGGCCCUGACGGUGUCCCAGCACAUCGCGCACACCUUCACCCACCACCACCCCCACCACCACGCGCUGGCCCCCGCCCACGCCACGCCCAACGGCCUGCACGUGAACGGGGGCCAGACCGCCGUGCUGGCCCCCCACCCGCAGCUGGGGGGCCAGACCACCCUGCUCAACCCCGUCACGCUGGUCAAACUCACCUGAGGGGCCGCGGACCCUGGGGGGCGGCCCUGGGGGGCGGGACCUGGUCUGACGGUGGACCUCUAAGUAGCAGAACACGUCAGACAUGGGACCGGAGGAACACAUUGGGCCAGGGUUCUGUGGAAGGACCCGAAGACGUCCGCAGGCGGUGUUUUUGACCCUGGGCGACGGAGACGCCUUCUCUCGUGGUCUCCUCCUUCCCUCACAACCAGAAGCACUAACAUGACGCUCAUACUCAGGCAUCAAGGAUCUACCUUCAAUAUGUGUUCAUUUGUCGACAGGAGAAGGUGUAGAAAAAAAAAAGAGUAUAUAAGAGGAGUUUUAUUUUCGUUCUCAUUCGGAUGCGUUCCCACUAGUUGUGUAUUCAGGUAAACGUGACGCAGCUAGGGGGGGUCCCCUCAGUGGAGGGGGGGGGGAGGGGGAUCAACAUGGAGGCCGCAGCCCCGCUUCGCGGCAGGCUCCAGCAAGGAGACCUCCAGGUUCGAGUCAAAGACCUUCCUCCCUCUCCUCUUCCUCCUCCAGGGGUGCUGAUGAUAAAUCUACUGAUUUACUGAUCGGCUAAAACAAUAGGCUGGCGGGCCGUUUACUUUUUGGACCUCGGGUUCCUCAGUUCACCUGCUCUGAACCCCGGCUCUCUGAUCUGAACCCAGGCUCUCUGAUCUGGACCCAGGCUCUCUGAUCUGAACCUAGGCUCUCUGAUCUGAACCCAGGCUCUCUGAUCUGGACCCAGGCUCUCUGAUCUGAACCCAGGCUCUCUGAUCUGAACCCCGGCUCUCUGAUCUGAACCCAGGCUCUCUGAUCUGAACCCAGGCUCUCUGAUCUGAACCCAGGCUCUCUGAUCUGGACCCAGGCUCUCUGAUCUGAACCUAGGCUCUCUGAUCUGAACCCAGGCUCUCUGAUCUGAACCUAGGCUCUCUGAUCUGAACCCAGGCUCUCUGAUCUGAACCUAGGCUCUCUGAUCUGAACCUAGGCUCUCUGAUCUGAACCUAGGCUCUCUGCUCUGAACUAGGGCUGAAUGAUUAAUCAAAUUCAUAUCGAAAUCGCGAUGUAAUAGAACAUGAUAUGCAAAUCGCAAAGGCUGCGAUUAAAAGUAAUAAUAAUAAUAAUUAUUAUCAUGUAUUUGUAUUUUUAUUUUACAAUUCAAUAGUUAAAUAAAGAAGUUUAUAAUAUUAAUUAAUCUCAACACAUCGUCCUGGCCUAAAGGAAAGAGCAGUUUUUAUGUUGACUGCUUCCAAUGUUGUGUUGGUCAUAGUAAAGAAUGAUUUAUUUAUUUAUUAGUGAAUAAUACACAACAUAAGGAAUUUAAUAAAUCAUAAAAAAUCGCACAUUAAAUCACAAUCGCAAUAUUGGUCAAAAUAAUCACAAUUAGAUUAUUUCCCCAAAUCGUUCAGCCUUAAUCUGAACCCAGGCUCUCUGCUCUGAACCCAGGCUCUCUGCUCUGAACCCAGGCUCUCUGCUCUGAACCCAGGCUCUCUGCUCUGAACCCAGGCUCUCUGCUCUGAACCCAGGCUCUCUGCUCUGAACCCAGGCUCUCUGCUCUGAACCCAGGCUCUGCUUAUUGAGCAUCAUCUGGGAAACAUUCCAAAAAAAACACAAUUUGACGGUGAAUGCACUCAGUUAUAUAAAGCUGCAAUCUAGUGUUGUUCUUGCUUUUCUGUAACUACUAAAUGGCUCUUUCAGCGCUUUGACCCUCAUUUAAAACACGGGCAUCUUCAUUCUGUGUCCUGGAUGCAGCCUUACUCUCCAGCCGUCCUUCAGAGAGCCUCCCUAACAGGGAGUCGGCGUGCUUCCUGCUCCUGUGUCUUUGAGACGGGCGUGUUGGGAUCAAUACAGUGUGCAGCCGUAGCCCCGCUGGCCUCGGGCCGACCAGGCGGUCCUGGCCGCUGCACCUCCAGGUGGUUUAGUCAUCACCAGGGAUCCUGAACACUCGUGAACCGCAGCUCAGACCGGGAGCGCCGUCUGAAUGAAUGAAUCCUAUUUCAGGGGAACGUCAGACGAUGAUCUUUAAGAGUUUACUAGCGGCCGUUGAUGGAAGAGGGUCUCCAGCGUGUCAUGGUAGUGACAUGCUGUUGUCUGUCAGGUGCUGAAGCCUUCUGCCCUGGUUCCUGUCGAUACACGCGUGUAGCUUAAGGCUCCUCUCUGGUGGUCAAAGAGCAGCUUUGUUUGAAAGCAAUGCUGGCAAAAGGUCAACAAAGUGAAACGCUGUUCACGUAACAAACAUGGCAACAUUGGAUUGCAAGGAUUCCAAUCUUCCAUCAUGUUUCACAAACUUGGUUUGAUGAUGGUCAUUGUUGCCAUUGGUCACCAGUGUCUAUAAGCAGGAGGAUGAGUUAUGCCCCGCCCACCGUUCAGGUGAGUCCUGCUGUCACGCUCCACACCAGCCUCCUUUACCCAGGAGAGAACAACGGCUUCGCACCCUCUUCUAAAAACAUAGCACAGAUCAAUGAAGGAACAUAUUUUCUGCAUGGCCGGACGUCUUCUUACACACCAGUGGCAGCUGCAUAUGAGGCCAUGGCAGGAGCUCACCUGAUGAUGUCAUGGCUUUGGUGAUGAUGUCUAAAACGCCACAGCAAAUUCAUGAGGCAGAUCCAAUUUCCAGACCUCAUUUAGAGUAUUAGGCUGGAAACAAUGGUAACAUUUUGUGUGUGUGUGUGUGUGUGUGUGUGUGUGUGUGUGUGUGUGUGUGUGUGUGUGUGUGUGUGUGUGUGUGUGUGUGUGUGUGUGUGUGUGUGUGUGUGUGUGUGUGUCAAAUCCAUUGACGUGUUCCUCACACUGCUUCACCAACUCCGAGGAGCUCUGGUGUAAAGUAAUCUAUGAAUGAACCAAGCAGUGGUCAUCGCCAGCGUCCUCCUUCUCUGAACCUCUUGACUAGUUGUUUUAUAUUCUCUAUAUCCAAGUUAAUCCCAACCUGCUGCAUGACUGUGUGUUGGUUGUGUAAACUUGUGCCCUGUGCAUGAGGGAAGUGUGUGUAUGCUUGGCCAGAUGAGUUUACUUAGUUAUAUAUAUAUCCAUACAUAUAUAUAUAUAUAUCAUUACUGAACAUAAUUUAUAUAUAUAUAUAACCCCCCCCGCCCGUUUAACACUGUGACAGCUUUGUCCGCUUUGUGUGUCCACUCGUGACCGGAGGAAUCUGAGGAAGGUCUGUUCCACUUUGGUAUUUUUUACUUGUUUUUGUUAGUCUGAGACAGUGAGUGAAAAGGUAUUUAAAAAAGAAAGAAAAAAAAGAUUUAUUCUUCUCUACAUAACAAAUUGUCAAAAAAUCUGUACGAUUUUUGUAACAUUUGUAUGAACGUAUGAAUAUUUUGUACAUUUGUGAUUGUAUGCACGUUUUGGCAUAUGAGUGUAUGUAUUUUAAAGUUUUAGCCAUGCCACGUUUAUUUGCAUGUAGACUGCUGUUUGGGUGAGUUUCUUUCUUUGGAUGGAUGUAACUUUAUUUGCGGGACCAUGUAACAACACUGCAGAACGAGAGCAGCCUCUUGACCUCAUGCUACAUUGAUAUUAUAUAUGAAUACAAAGAACAUGUUUUCCCUAUGGAGAAAGUUUUAAGUUCUAUAUGGCCUGUACCUUUUGGGCUGCUUUUAGAUCGAAAUGUCCACUGUUUGAAAUAACAUGAUAUUGGAUAAAAUAAUAAAUGAAAAAAUGAUUCUGAUAAAAUUAAGAUUCUUGAUAAAUCUUAUUACCUUUACAACA